UCGCUGCGUUUCGCUGAACGCUGAACGGCCUAGCUUGUAAGCUGAGAGCAUCCAUGGCGGCGGCCAGUAACGCAGGGUGCAUCCUGGAAGUGGAGCAGCAGGAAGACAGGCUUAGUAAGCUGCCGGAUGAUAUUCUUCUGUCCGUUCUAGAUCGUCUCGACGUACGAGGCGCCGCAAGAAGCAGCAUCUUAAGCAGACGGUGGAGGCAUCUCCCUCUCGCGAUCAGUCGCAUCACCUUAGACGUUAAGCGCCACAAGCUUAAAGACGACGGCUCCAAGUCCGCUCUGUCCAAGAAGGCUCGGACCAACCUGUCCGUGGCAGAAGCAGCAAGGAGCCUGUUGGCACGCAGGGACCAGCGGCAGGCCGUCCGCGUCCUCUACCUGCGAUUCUACCUGGGAGACGAGACCAUGGGCAUCGUCCGCGCCGUCGACGACGCCAUGGCGCGCGGCUGCAGCAUCGGCAAGGCGACAUUCGUGAUCCUGGGCGAGAAGAUCGACACCCGGUGCACGGACGAGGACCUCGCCGGCCACGCUGCGCGCUUCCUGUCCUGCCUGGACGCAUGCCCCCGCGCGUUCGCCGGCCUCACGACGCUGCACGUGGAGAGCGUUAAGCUGGGGCAGCCGGACAUCAACAACCUGCUCGGCACCUGCGGCAGGCUGAAAAGCCUCUCUCUGCUCAACUGCGAUUCAGGCCGCGACACGGCCCUGGUCGUCCAACACCCGCGGAUCGCGGUGCUGAAGCUCGUGACCUGUGGCACCAUCCAACUGAGGUGGCUCCCGGAGCUGGUGAAGCUGACCUGUGAGUGCUGGCUUCCUUCACGAGAUCCACUCUUGUUUGGCCACGUCCCGCGGUUUCGGACUCUAGUACUCGCUACUAACUGCACCAGUGACUACAAGAUACUAAGGUUGAGCGAAUUACUUGACGAGAAUGCUACCGUCCGUGAACUGUGGAUGGGCUUCGACUCCGAGAGGCUCUGGAUUCAGCCGGAGGGCCCGAGGCAACUGGCUCCUCGACUAAGCAACUUGAGGAUUCUGAAUCUCCAGAAGAUUCCUGAAGAAUGCGGCAUCACGUGGACAUUCUUCCUGCUAGAGGCCGCACCUCUAUUGGAGGAGCUCGACGAUUGAGGUAUCGAACCACCAGUGCAACCCAUUGGAGGAUGAGAUGCUAAGGGAACGUCUAGUUUGCAAGAAAACAUUUAUCGAGUGGGAACCAUCUGAUUUCAAGCGAUAUAACUUGGCCGUGCUCACAAUCUAUGGUUUUCGACCCGAGAAGAUAUUCAUGGGGUACAUUACAAGGAUCAUGGAAGUGGCUGUGAAUUUGGAAGAAAUAUCUCUUCAUGAUGAUUUCUGCCAUGAUUGCUGAUUGCAUAUUUUGUCCAUCGACGACAUAUCCCCAGACCAGGACAGAGAGAAACUUGAUACGAAAGGAAAUUAAUGAAGGGAGGUCGUCCCCUAUCAACACUAUCCUGUUCUACGCACGACCGAUGUCUGUACGCGAUGAACCAGUCGAAAUUAUUGAUUGACCAUAUCCUUGAUGUCCC